UAAAGUGUAUGCGAUUUUCCCGAAACCCUAAAAUUGGAACAAAUCCUCGAAAUACGAACGAAAAGAGAAGAAGAAGAAGAAGAGGCAAAAGAGUUUAAGGCUAGAUCGAGCCGAAGCAAAUGGAAUCGGGGUCGCAGGUCGCGAGCUCGAGGUAUUCGAACCUCAGGAAGUCGUUUCAGCUCGCGAUCCGUUCCUUGCUCACCGCGUUCUCCAAGGAGGAUGUCGAUAGAGCAUUUUCGGGAUUUAGCGAUGCUGAGAGAGAUAGUCUAUAUCACAUGUUUGUUCAUGUCGUCAAAUCUUUGCAUACAAAUAUAGAGGAGGAGUUUGACUCCAUCUGUCGAGAAACAGAGGUCGAAACCAUACUUGACAGAGUGGAUCAACUUAUUGAAGAGCAAAAUCUUGAUGUACUAUCUGCAGAGAAUAGGACUAACAUCGGAGAUGUCAAAGAGAAGAUCUCAAGAGUGAAGAAGGAAGAAAUCCAUUACCUUGCGAACCUGAUAGAAAAGGCUGAGGAGAGAAACAACGCGAUGAGAGCUCGCAUCGAACUCCUGAAGAAGCGGCAGGACUUGUCGGCAACAAAAGACGCCGUCGAGAAGUUGCGUAGCUGGAACUCCGACUGUGAAAUGCAUGACUGUAGCUGAAGAGCUGCGGUUGUGCCCUGAACUGACGUUCGUAAGAGCCGAUUCGAGCUGUGCUGUGCUUUGAUCUCUACUAGCAUCUCCUUUGUCUUGAUAAGUGGAACAAAGAAUAGGUUUUUUUUUUUUUUUUUUUUGGUUGUUGUUUGUGUAUGUGUGUAUUUGCGCGCGCGCACCCGCUAUGGUUGCUCUGUUGAAAUCUUCACUAAAAGGCCAAUAUAGUAUGCCUGUUUAUUUGUGACCCCUUGGUUUUUGUGAGGCUCUUCAAAGUGUUGAUAACUUCAGAUUGGAGAUGGGUGAAUACUUGCCCCAUUCUUUUGGUGGGUCGGAGUAGAUUCUUGGCGGAUUGAUUUUUAUUCUA